CACCACCACAUGGCAUGGCAAAGCAAGGAGCGGAACGUAACCCAACAGCCCUCUGUGUUGAUUUAUUUUCUGUUCCAUUCGUUGACGGAACUCUGGAGGAGUGUAACCUGUGUGUAUGUUUGUAAAGUCAAUUUUAACUAAUAGUUAGAAUAAACUGUGUUCAAUAUGCCUACACCCGACCAAAUUUUAAUGAGGAAGAUAAAAAAGCGGGAGAAGAAGAAGUUACAGCUUAUUAAUGCGAAAAUUAACGGUGAUACUGAAGACCAUGCAGAACCUGAACCAACCAUAGAAAGGGAAGCAAUAAAAAGACCACAUAAUGAAAAUGAAAACGCAGUAUCCAAAAAGAAGAAAAAGAAGGUGAAACAAGACAUACAACCAGAACAACCAGACAACAAUGAAGCUGAAGAUGAGGAAAGGGGCAGUAGUGACGAAAGUAACGCAGACAGUCAACACAGCAUUGAAAAUGAUGCUGGUAAAGAAAAUCAAUUGCCAAUUUCCAGCCUAAGGCCCGGUAUAUUAUCCAAUAAAAAAUUCUCUGACUUAGAAGGCAAGAUUAGUGAACAAACUCUCAAGAGCCUUAAAGACAUGGGGUUCACUACUAUGACAGAGGUUCAAGCAAAAACUAUCCCUCUACUACUUGAUUUACAUGAUGUUGUGUGUUCUGCAAGGACAGGAUCGGGCAAAACUCUAGCUUUCUUAAUCCCAGUCGUAGAACUUCUCUAUAAACUUAAAUUUAAACCUAGAAAUGCUACAGGUGCAAUUAUUCUGUCACCAACGAGAGAAUUGGCUAUGCAGACAUAUGGACAGUUAAUGGGACUGAUGAAAUAUCAUAGUCAGACUUAUGGUUUGGUGAUGGGAGGUGCUAACAGAAAGAAAGAGGCGAGAAAACUAUUUGGUAUUAACAUAUUGGUGGCAACACCGGGUCGAUUGUUAGAUCAUAUGAACAACACACCCAACUUUUACUACAACAAAGCAUUUUGUGUUGUGGUUGAUGAAGUUGACAGAAUGUUGGAGAUGGGCUUUGCAUCAGAAAUUACACAAAUCCUCAGUCGUCUACCAUCCGAACAUCAAACAAUUUUUGUGAGCGCCACUCAAAGUAAGCAAUUAGAGGUCAUAUACCGUACCAUACCAUCUGCCUUUCCGAAGACAACGCCACUUUAUAUAGGAGUUGAUGACCAUAAAGAACAAGCAACUGUAGAGUCUUUACAACAAGGAUUUGUAAUAUGCCCGUUAGAAAAACGCUUGUUGAUCCUAUACUCAUUUCUAAAGAGAACCCCACAGAAGAAAAUCAUGGUGUUUUUCUCCACAUGUAGUUCUGUCGAAUAUCAUUAUAAGCUGUUUAACUAUAUAGAUCUACCAGUUAUGUCUAUACAUGGAAAACAAGAGCAAGCAAUACGUACAACAACUUUCUUCCAAUUCUGUAAUGCUGAAUCCGGAAUACUGCUAUGUACAGACGUGGCUGCUAGAGGAAUAGAUAUACCCGCCGUCGACUGGAUUGUGCAGUAUGAUCCUCCAGAUGACCCUAAGGACUACAUUCAUCGCGUAGGUAGAACGGCGCGUGGCCUCAGAGCAAAUGGGCAUGCGUUGUUGUUGCUCCGCCCUGAAGAGUUUAACUUCCUCUACCAUUUGAAACGUGCCAAAGUUGUAUUGAAUGAAUUCAUAUUUUCUUGGGACAAAGUUUUCGAUAUUCAAGAGCCGCUAGAAAAACUGAUAUUAAGAAACGCUACCCUGAACCGGUUAGCCAAAGACGCGUACACGACUUAUGUAAGAGCAUAUGAUUCUCAUCAUUUGAAGAAUAUAUUCGAUAUCCAGUCUUUGGAUUUAAACGCGGCCGCAAAAUCGUUUGGUUUUGCAGUUCGACCAUAUGUUGACCUAAAAGUCGCUAGCCUAAAACCCAAAAAGCAAAAACAAGACCGUAAACAUGGACACUCCAAAUCCCGAAAUGCACAAUCAAACUUUAAACAGAAAGCAGAAAAUCAAUCAGGCAGAAAUAAAUUUAAGAGACAACAAAACAAAAUACAAACCGUGUUCAAUAUGCCUACACCCGAACAAGUUCUUAAGAAGAAGAAUAAAAAGCGGGAAAAGAAAAAAUUAAAGCUAAAUAAUAAGAACCAAAAUGGUAUUACGGAAGACAAAGCAGAAGCUGAAACUAACACAGAAAAGACAGUAAAGAAAAGGCCACAUGAUGAUGAAAACGAAAAAGCAAUACCCAAAAAAAAGAAAAAGAAGGUGAAGCAAGAAGCAAAACCGGACCCAAAACCUGAACCUGUGGAAGAAGAAAGUGACGAAGAUAACAGUGACACUGAAAAUGUAGAGGAUAAAAUUGAGAACAGUGCUGAAAUGCCAGGUUCCAGUCUAUGCCUUGGUAUAUUAUCGGAACAAAAAUUCACUGCGCUAGAAGAAAAAGUUUGUGAAGCAACUCUCAUGGGUGUCAAAGAAAUGGGCUUCACUACAAUGACAGAGAUUCAAGCUAAAGCAAUCCCCCCACUACUUGAAGGCAGGGACCUAGUAGGUGCUGCUAAGACAGGAUCUGGCAAAACUUUAGCCUUUUUAAUACCAGCUAUAGAACUUAUCUAUAAGUUGAAAUUCAAGCCUAGAAAUGGUACUGGUGUGAUCAUUCUAUCACCAACAAGAGAAUUGGCGAUGCAGACAUUUGGAGUGUUAAUGGAAUUGAUGAAGUAUCAUCAUCAUACUUAUGGUUUGGUGAUGGGAGGUGCUAAUAGAAGUACAGAAGCCCAAAAACUCUCUAAAGGUAUCAACAUAUUAGUAGCAACACCUGGCCGAUUAUUGGAUCAUUUGCAGAACACACCAGACUUUUUGUACAAAAACCUGCAAUGCCUUGUGAUUGAUGAAGCUGACAGGAUACUGGAGAUUGGUUUCGAAGAAGAAGUUAAACAGAUCAUUAGACUGUUGCCAAAACGUCGCCAAACAAUGUUGUUUAGCGCUACACAAACUAAAAAAACAGAAUCUUUAACAGCAUUGGCAGUGAAACAAGAACCAGUUUACGUUGGAGUUGAUGACCACAAAGAACAAGCCACUGUUGAAUCUUUAGAACAAGGGUACAUAGUAUGCCCUUCAGAUAAACGCAUGAUGGUUCUAUUUACAUUCUUAAAGAAGAACAGAAAGAAGAAAGUAAUGGUGUUCUUUUCUACAUGCAUGUCUGUGAAAUAUCAUCAUGAGCUCUUCAACUAUAUUGAUUUACCUGUCUUGUCUAUACAUGGAAAACAACAGCAAACAAAACGUACGACGACUUUCUUCCAAUUCUGUAAUGCUGAAUCCGGUAUACUGUUAUGUACAGACGUGGCUGCUAGAGGAUUGGAUAUACCCGCCGUCGACUGGAUUGUGCAGUAUGAUCCUCCAGACGACCCUAAGGAAUACAUUCAUCGUGUAGGUAGAACGGCGCGAGGACUAGGAACGAGCGGUCAUGCGUUGUUGUUCCUCCGCCCCGAAGAACUUGGCUUCCUCCGGUACUUGAAGCAGUCUAGAGUCACACUCAACGAGUUUGAGUUUUCUUGGAGUAAGGUCGCCGAUAUUCAAUUGCAGCUGGAAAAAUUAAUAUCUAAAAACUAUUUCCUGAACCAGUCUGCUAAGGAAGCAUUCAAGAGUUAUUUGAGGGCAUACGAUUCUCAUCACUUGAAGACUAUAUUCGACAUUGACACUAUCGAUUUGGCAAAGGUCUCCAAAUCCUUCGGUUUUACAGUGCCACCUGCAGUUGAGCUGAAGGUGGCAAACAAAGGCCCUCCUCAAAAGAGGAAAGGAGGUGGUGGAUACGGAUACUUCAAGUCUUUGAAUGCCCCAUCAAACUUCAAACAGAAAGCGGACAAAACUAAAAUAUACAGGCAAAAAGGAAAUAAUAGAAAAACCGUAGGAUAAGUUAUGAAAUAAAUCGAUUUUAUUUA